AUGGGCUAUGUCGACAUCACAACGCACCUCCAAGUAAUCCAGCAUCACUGUGGCCUGGCGAGCGAGUCCGAGGCAGCCACGGCGGCGCGCGCCGCGCGGCAGCAGCAGCAGCAGCUUCAGCGGCAGCAGCUGCGCGAGGAGCUGCUGCUCGACGCGCAGCUGCUUGACGCGCAGUCGCAGGAGCUGCUGCACAUGCUCAGCCCUUCGGAGCUGUGCGCGGGCCAGGGCCAGGGUAGCGGGGCGACCGGCGCAUCCACCAGCGGUGCGUGGCACGACGGCGGCGGCAGCGGCGGCGGCAGCGGCACGCUGCCGUUUCUCGGGGGCCGCCAGCCGCAAGCAGCGUCGGCCGCGUCCGUCAGGGCGGCGGUGAUGCCGGCGCCGGCGCCGCGCGCGCGGGAGGAGCCCGUGCCGCUCUGUGGCUCCAUCGGCCCCUCGACAGCCCGCCUGCUGCACAGCAUCGUCCUUUCGAUGCCGGGCUCUGUAUACAACCGGGAAGAGUUCAUUCACUGGUGGGGCGAGCACACCAGGCAGCUGGCGCUGCUGUUGCACCAGGGGCAGCGCGGCAUGUGCGACCGGGACGUCGUCAAGGAGCGCAUGGUCAAGGUGAGCGCCACAACGUCCCCACCCUCCACCACCAUACUAUCUGCGUGCCACGACUGCGUGCGUCCCUGA